GUUCCGCGGCGCCUUUAAGGAAGCCGGGGGCGAGGCUCGGGGCGGGGCCUCUACCGACCGGCCCGAGGGCGCGUCCGCCCGGACCGCGGACCGCGAGGUGCGGAGCAGACAUGGCCUCGCGCAGGUGGUUUCACCCCAACAUCGGUGGGUUUGAGGCAGAGAAGCUGCUCCUGUCCAGGGGCCAGCACGGAAGCUUCUUGGCAAGACCCAGCAAGAGCUGUCCCGGGGGCUUCACACUGUCCGUCAGGCGCCACGACGAGGUCACCCACAUCAAGAUCCAGAACUCGGGCGACUACUACGACCUGUAUGGCGGGGAGAAGUUCGCAACCCUGGCGGAGCUGGUGCAGCACUACACAGGCCAGCACGGGGGUCUGCUCCGGGAGCGCAGCGGGGCGCCUGUGGAGCUCCGGCACCCCCUGGGUUGCCAGGACCCCACGUCAGAGCGCUGGUACCACGGGCACCUGUCUGGCAAGGAGGCUGAGAAGCUGCUAAUGGAGAAGGGGCGUGUGGGCAGCUUCCUGGUACGAGAGAGUCAGAGCAAACCUGGGGACUUUGUGCUGUCUGUGCUCACACAGCAGCCAGACAAGGUGGACUGCCAGCCCCGGGUCACCCACAUCAUGAUCCACUUCCAGCCAGAUGGGAAGUAUGACGUGGGAGGUGGGGAACAGUUCGACACCCUCAAAGACCUGGUCGAGUGCUACAGGAAGAACCCCAUGGUGGAGAAGUCGGGGGCUGUGGUGCACCUCAAGCAGCCCCUCAAGGCCACGAGGAUCAAUGCCACAAGCAUGGAGAGCCGCGUGCAGGAGCUCAGCAAGGCCACGGAAACCGGCGACAAGGCCAAGCAGGGCUUCUGGGAGGAGUUUGAGAUGCUGCAGCAGCAGGAAUGCCGGCUCCUGUAUCCCCGGAAGGAGGGCCAGCGGCUGGAGAACAAGCCCAAGAAUCGCUACAAGAACAUCCUUCCUUUCGAUGCCACCCGCGUCAGCCUGCGUGACGUGGACAACAGCGUGCCUGGAGCUGACUACAUCAAUGCCAACUACAUCAAGAGUGACCCAGAAGAGAAGCCAGGUCAGGGACUGGGCAAGGUGUACAUUGCCACCCAGGGCUGCCUGCAGACUACAGUGGCUGCCUUCUGGGCCAUGGUGUACCAGGAGAACACGCGGGUCAUUGUCAUGACCACCCGGGAGGUGGAGCGAGGCCGGAACAAAUGCUUCCGAUACUGGCCAGACCCACAUGGCAGCCAAGAACAUGGCUGUGUGCGUGUGUGCAACUUGGCUGAAAACCAGGCCCAUGGCUACUGUGUGAGGGAGCUGCAGGUGUGGCGGUCAGACCAGGAGGGGCCGCCGCGCACCGUGAAGCACUACCAGUACUUCAGCUGGCCCGACCAUGGGGUCCCCGCCGAGCCCGCCGGCGUCCUAGACUUCCUGGACGACGUGAACCAGGCCCAGAGCAGCACGCCCGGGGCCGGGCCCAUGGUGGUGCACUGCAGCGCCGGCAUCGGACGCACUGGCACUAUCAUCGUGAUUGACAUCCUGGUGGGGCUCCUCCGCAGGCACGGGCUGGACUGCGACAUCGACGUCCCCAGGACGAUUGAGCUGGUGCGGCGGCAGCGCUCGGGGAUGGUGCAGACCGAGGCGCAGUACAAGUUUGUGUACCUGGCGCUGCAGCGGUACAUCCAGGGCGAGCAGCUGCGCCUGCGCGAGCAGCGCGAGCCCCGGGACGAGAGCCGCUAUCUGAACGUGGGCGCCGCGAUCGCCGAGCGCCGCCGCUGCCCUGGAGCCGCUCCGAGCCGGGCGCCAGCGGCGACCCCCGAGGCCUCGGGCGGCGUGUACGAGAACCUGCCGGCCCCCGGGCGCUGAGUGCCGACCGCCCCGGCCGCGCCGGAGGCCCCGGGCCGGCCUUCGCGUUUCUCAAAGGCUGCUCAGGACAGUGCGGACCGGAGCUUGUCGGGGCGCCGGGGAAGGGGUCCCGCAGGGCCCCCACCCCCCACCGUCCCGGAGCAGGCCUGGACGCCUCGAAGUGGGGUGGAGCCGCCUUGGCGCUCCCAGGGAGGGGGAGGCGGGCUGCAGGGCUGGGGCUUCUCAGUGUGGGGGGCCACAGCCACGUGCUGCCCACCGUGUGCCACGCGUUUGAAGGCCCGUCUGUGUGCAAGUGUCCGUCUGUGCUUUGCCCUGCCUCGCCAGCAGUGUUUGUGCCCGGCUCCCCUGCAGACUGCGCCACCCGCUUCAGAGCUGCUUCAGCCCUGCCCACAGCACCGGCCUGGGUCGCGGCCCUGGCUGCGCUGGGCCCCUGCUGUGUCCGGGCCUGGCCAGGCCCUCGCCUUGCAGCUGCGUGAGGACAAUGCUUGCGGGAUGAGAGAA